AUGUCCCUAGCCGACAAGCACUGGCUGCCGCGAGAAUGCGUGCUCGUAAGAUUUCAUCGGGACCCCGAUCUUCUUCACUGGAGAGGGAUUCUGAUGUCGCCUGACAGAGAUGUCGAGACCACGGUGUUAGAGGUUGGCGGGACCUACACAGAGGUCAGGGCCACCGAGGAGAGGAGGCUGCCAAGAGGAGUGAGGGAGGAUGACACCUACCUUCCCCGUCAUUCCGACAAAGGUGAGUUCAGCCGGGAAGAAUGGAAGCGCUUGAUCCUCAUCCAAGAGCGGGCUGCGGAGGCAAGGCUGCAGAGGAGGAGGGUCGAAGGCAAGGUAGACGGGGAGAGGAAAGUCUCCGCCCUUAGGCAGAGGAUGGCUGAGGCUUCAGGAGGAGAAGCUGAGGAGGAGACAGAGGAGAGUGUGUGGUUGGUCAUCUAUCGCUCCGGCAGCGGAGACCUUGGUGCAGAGUGCGAGCCCCCUGAGGAUGCUCAUGAGAAUGUGGUCAAUGGCAAGUCCUUCACGCUCUUCUCAAGAGGAGGUGAGGAGUUUCUUUCACGCAAGGUUCCACUGAAGCAGGUGGCCGACAUGAAGAAGCUCUUCGAAGGAAGGUCAAAAGCAGAGGAGUCCGACAGAGAUGUGAGGAUCCUAGCGCUGGUGUUCGACGCCGCUGAGGAGCGGUAUCGCACCCUGCAGGAAGCGGUGCCCGAAUAUGAUGAGAUCAAGUACGGUGAUUAUCCCCUGCAGGGGCCACGGACCAUGUUCAGAGACGUGAAGCAGCUGCGUCGCACAGGACAAGACUUCGUGAUACACCACGAGGCAUGGGUCAAGAAGGCGUUGCAUUUGAUGAUGGUCUACGACCAGCUCAAUUUGCCAGGGCUUGCGCCCGCCGAGGCGCUGAACCGCAGGCGUGCCCUCAUCGAGCACGCUCACUCCGGAAGACCGGACACCCCCAGUUAUGAGGGAGCAGAGGACUUCAUGGGCAUCAAAGACACUGCAGAUGGAUCGUUGGUAGACCCGGCCCUGCUGCAAUUUACAGCAAAGCGGCAGGCGGCCAAAGCAGAGAUCAUGAAGCAGAGUCGACUUGCUGCCGAAGAAAGGAAGGCCGCCCACAAGAAGGGCGAUGGCAAGGGUGACAAAGACAAGGAGUCAAGAGGGGCCCUGGAAACCCCUACGUACAGUCGGGCCCGUGCCCAUGGGCCGGGGCAAGGGCCUGAGACUUUUUUGGGCGCCAAGCAAUUUUCCAAAGAGCCUCUCGGGCAUCACGGUGACAUUUUUCCCAUGCCGUUGCCCAUGGACCGGGGCUUCCCGGGAAGUUCUGCGGUGCUGGAGACUCAGCUGUCUUCUAUGGAAGCCUCCUCCAUCGGGCGCUGGGAUGAGCGCUGGCGCUUCAGACGUGAGGACGGAGCGCAGGUAGAAGUUUUCAGCCGUGCCGAAGUGAAGAAGGCCAACGACAGGUUGACGAGCCCGGCGCGGGCGGACAAGGCCUGGAGGGAGCGCAGCCGGUCGAGGCCAAGCUUUGAGGCUCUGGAGUUCUUCAGACCCGAGGCAGCAAGGGCGGGGGAACUAAGGCUUCCGCACUUCAAGAAGGCAAUGAAGGGAUGGAGGCGGCUGGCUCCGACGCAGACGCGAAUGCCGAUGGUGGAGUUUGCAAAAACCUGCAUCAGCGGAUUGAUGAUGAGUCAAGGCUGGCACGAGAUGGCUCUUUACAACGAGGUCACCUACUCAACCUACGCCCGCCCGGGCGAGAUGCUCAGGGUGAUGGCAGUGGAUGUGGCGCCCAAGAACAGCCAGUUCAACCACCAUGUCAUCGUCCUCAGCCCCUUCGAGCGAGGAGUCAGCAGCAAGACAGGCAUCUUCGACGAAGUGUUGGUAAUGGACGAUGUGAGGAUGCCGCAGCUAGGAGACCUGCUCGUGGAAUGGGCAAGAAGGAGGAUGAACAAAGAAGGAGAGGAGGCCAAGCGCUGGAGUUUCAAUCUGCAGCCCUUUGGAGAGAUGAUUCGGAGAGACUUUCCAAAAUGGUUCCGAGGUGGCUCCUUCCCAGUGCCAGCUCAGCUUCAACGGAGGCUGGGCGACCAUUUCAAGAUUUAG